GUGGGCGGGACUGGCGGAAAGAUGGCGGCGGGAGGGAGCGCGGCCGAGCUCCCCAGUUCUGGAGCUCCUGGACCAUGUGUGUGUCUGCUGGUUUUGGGAAUGGCAGGAUCCGGGAAGACCACCUUUGUACAGAGGCUCACCGGGCACCUGCAUAGCCAAAGCUCUCCCCCUUACGUGAUCAACCUGGACCCAGCGGUACAUGAAGUUCCCUUUCCCGCCAAUAUUGAUAUUCGUGACACUGUAAAGUAUAAAGAAGUCAUGAAACAAUAUGGACUUGGGCCCAAUGGGGGCAUAGUGACCUCACUCAAUCUCUUUGCUACCAGAUUUGAUCAGGUGAUGAAAUUUAUUGAGAAAGCUCAGAACACUUCCAAGUACGUCUUGAUUGACACUCCCGGACAGAUCGAAGUGUUCACCUGGUCGGCUUCUGGGACAAUCAUCACUGAGGCCCUGGCAUCUUCAUUUCCAACAGUGGUCAUCUAUGUGAUGGACACAUCGCGAAGUACUAACCCCGUGACCUUCAUGUCCAAUAUGCUGUACGCCUGCAGCAUCCUGUACAAAACCAAACUGCCCUUCAUUGUAGCCAUGAACAAGACAGACAUCAUCGACCACAGCUUUGCAGUCGAAUGGAUGCAGGAUUUUGAGGCUUUCCAAGAUGCCUUGAAUCAGGAAACCACUUACGUCAGUAACCUCACGCGGUCCAUGAGCCUGGUGUUAGAUGAGUUUUACAGCUCGCUGAGGGUGGUGGGUGUGUCCGCUGUCCUGGGCACCGGCUUCGAUGGACUCAUGCAGCAGGUGGCCAGUGCUGCAGAAGAGUACGAAAGGGAGUAUCGUCCUGAAUACGAACGCCUGAAGAAAUCACUGGCCAGCGCGCAGAGCGAACAGCAGAAGGAGCAGCUGGAGCGCCUCCGGAAGGACAUGGGCUCGGUGGCCUUGGAGGCGGGGACCGCCAGAGACAGUGCAUCUCCUGCGCUGGACCCUUCUGACUUGAUCCUGACUCGAGGAACCUUGGAUGAAGAGGAUGAGGUUGCUGACAGUGAUACUGAUGACAUUGAUCACAGAGUUACAGAGGAAAGCCAUGAAGAGCCAGCAUUUCAGAAUUUUAUGCAAGAAUCAAGGACACAGUACUGGAAGAGAAACAAAUAAAUGUCUCGGAACGUCACUAGUUUCCAGAAGUGCCGAAUUCUGGACCUCCAUGAAUACACUGUCCUUACCUCUGGCUGGGGGAUGUGAUGCGCAUUGUAUCGCUGGGGAGUUAGCGGGGAACCAUGGCAGAGCCUUUGCCCCGCGUGCACAGGGCUCUGGGUUUGAUCCCUAGCACUGUAAAAAAUAUUUUUCUCUUCAGAAUAGUAGUUUCUUUUUAGGGAAACCUCAUGACUCAGAUGAAGAAGGGAAAGAAGACUCUUGCAGCAAGCAAGUAAAUGCCAGAUCUGCCUGGGCCUUUGCCUUGUAUUUCUGCACGGAAGAAUAUCUUGACUGCUUUCAGGCCAAAACCUGAAGUUUCACCAUUUAACUCAAGUUCCCUCGCUGCUAUGGAUCAUGGAGAAUUGCCUGAUGACCACCUCUAUCUCUGUCGACUGGAUCCAUCCACUUCUCAGCCUUGGGCCCUUGGCUUGAGUUACUCUUACCAUGGAGAGAGAAAACAAGCUUGUCCAGAGUGGCAGUAGGAUCUCCUUGGCGACCAGACUGUUGAUGUGACAUGCGUGUCACACUAGGUAGCUCAUCCUAGGACAUCAGGUUUGCUGAAGAAAGUGGCAAAGUAUGUGAUUUCUAAAUAAGAAUCCGGUUUAAAUGGUGAUCUGGAUAAAGAGGUUUUAAUUGUAA